UUGCACGACCCACACUUAAUUUUCCUCUCUUCGCUCUCACCCAUUACCUGUAAUCUUGCUGCUUUGUUUCUGAUCUGACGCUGUGCUGCUGCUUCACCUACCUCACAAGGAAGCUUAUGAAGCAAAAACAGGUAAUAAGUUUAGUUACGGCCGAGAGAGAUAUGAUGUCAGAAGCUCUCGUAGCAAACUCGAAUAAGUUAUUGUCUGCUCUUCUGCUCUUUCUCCUGUUGAUGAGUUGUUUCGGACAGUUCAGAUCUGAAACCCAGCUCUUACCAGAUGAAGAAGUACGGACCCUCCAGAAAAUAUCAAACAAACUAAAUAACAGAUAUUGGAACCUCAGCCGAACAUCGUGUAAUAGUGAAGAUUUUGACAAGUUUUUUGCAAAUACAAUCCUCAGCAAAGUCACCUGUGACUGUUCCUUCAAUCACUAUACUGUUUGUCAUGUCACAAGCAUUCUGCUGAAGGGUCUAAACCUAACUGGAGUCCUACCUGAUGAAUUUGGGGAUCUUCCAUACUUAAAAGAGAUAGACUUUAGUCGCAACUACAUCAAUGGGUCUAUUCCAGUAAGUUGGGCUAAGAUCCCUCUUGUCAUCAUAUCCCUUCUGGGGAACCGCAUUAGUGGAUCAAUUCCAGAAGUACUUGGUAACAUUAAAACACUUGAGAACCUUAUAUUGGAAGAUAAUCAGCUUGGAGGUACCCUUCCCGCAGAGCUUGGUAAUUUAAGCCGGUUGAAGAUAUUCACUAUCUCUGCGAACAAUAUUACAGGACCAAUACCAGAAACAUUUGGAAAUCUGAAGAACUUGACAGAAUUUAAGAUAGAUGGAAACAGUAUAUCUGGGAGGAUACCUAAUUUCAUUGGAAACUGGACCAAACUUACUAGCCUUGAUAUGCAAGGAACAUCAUUGGAGGGUCCUUUUCCUUCCACAAUAUCCCUCUUGAAAAACCUAAUCCAACUGAGGGUGGCUGACUUAAAUGGAUCAAAUAUGAGCUUCCCUGACCUCCAAGAUAUGAAGGCGAUGACUGAAUUGAUACUCAGAAAUUGCAUGAUUACAGGCGAAAUCCCUAGCUACAUUGGAGAAGUUAUGACAAAUAUUAAAAAAAUAGACCUUUCCUUCAACAGAUUGACUGGUCAAAUUCCUAAACAAUUGGAGGGUCUGUCAAAGUUACAAUACCUGUAUCUCACGAACAACUCACUAACUGGAAAAGUACCAGAUUGGAUCAUGGAUAACGGAAAUAACAUAGACAUUUCUUACAACAAUUUUACAGAGUGCUCUAAACAAUCCAGUUGCGAGCAACAACCACAAGUAAAAACAAUUGCCAGUUAUUCAUCUUCAGCAAACUGCUUGGUUAACUGGUGCUUGAAGAAGGACCUUCCCUGUUCUAGGGAACCAGCAUAUCAUUCCUUGUUCAUCAAUUGCGGUGGCCAGAGGGAGGAAUUUGAUGGGGAAGAAUAUGUAGAUGACACGACAAAUAUGGGUCCAUCAGAUUUCUACCAAUAUGAUGAAAGAUGGGCUUGUAGCACCACAGGAGAUUAUUUGGAAAAUAACAAUGGUAUUUACAUAACCUCAAACAAUGUACUGAAUAUCACUGGUUCAGCAAUAUACAGGACAGCUCGCCUUGCCCCUCUAUCACUCAGGUAUUAUGGACUUUGCUUACACAAAGGGAGCUAUACAGUGAAGCUCCACUUUGCCGAAAUUAUGUAUACAGAUGACCAGACAUUUAGCAGCAUUGGGGAGCGCAUUUUUGAUGUAUCAAUUCAGGGUGAAAUACGCUUGAAGUAUUUCAAUAUUGCCAAGGAAGCUAAUGGUAUUGGUAAAGGCAUCAUUAUGGAAUUUAAUGAUGUUAUUGUUAAUGGUAGCACUCUGGAGAUCCACUUAUACUGGUCAGGAAAAGGGACUACCUUCGUUCCAGAAAGAGGUGUAUAUGGACCCCUCAUAUCAGCUAUUGCAGUGACGCCCAACUUUGAACCCAAAAGUGGACCGUCUGUUGGAGCUAUCGUUGGCAUCGUAGCUGCUGCAUGCAUAGCUGUUGUGCUAAUUUUGGUAUGCCUUUGGAUGAAGGGUUAUCUAGGAAGGAAGGAUGUUGAGGACAAAGAACUUAGAAACUUGAAGCUACAAAAAGGUCAUUUUAGUUUAAAGCAAAUUAAAGCAGCAACAAGGAAUUUUGACCGUGAAAAUAAGAUAGGCGAAGGUGGCUUUGGGCCAGUUUACAAGGGUAUACUUCCAGAUGGUUCUGUAGUUGCUGUCAAGCAGCUUUCAUCCAAGUCAAAGCAGGGGAACCGUGAAUUUAUAAAUGAGAUAGGCAUGAUAUCUGCUUUAAAACACCCAAAUCUUGUAAAGCUUUAUGGAUGUUGUAUUGAAGGAGACCAGCUAUUAUUGAUAUAUGAAUACAUGGAAAAUAAUAACCUUGCCCGUGCUCUAUUUGAUCCUGAGGAACAUCAUAUGAAGCUAGACUGGCCAACAAGGUGUAAGAUUUGCUUGGGAAUAGCUAGGGGCCUAGCUUAUCUGCAUGAAGAGUCGAGGCUGAAGAUUGUCCACAGAGACAUAAAGGCAACCAAUGUCCUUCUUGAUAAGGAUCUUAAUCCUAAGAUUUCUGAUUUCGGUUUGGCUAAACUUGAUGAAGAGGAAAAUACCCAUAUCAGCACCCGAAUAGCUGGAACUCUAGGAUAUAUGGCUCCUGAAUAUGCAAUGAGAGGUUAUUUGACCAACAAAGCAGAUGUUUACAGCUUCGGAGUUGUCUUGUUAGAGAUUACUAGUGGAAAGAGCAACACAAGUAUUUUGCCAAAGGAGGACUGUAUUCAUCUUCUUGAUUGGGCUUAUGUUUUACAAGGGCGGGAUAAUCUCCUAGAGCUUGUUGACCCUGUAUUGGAAUCAAACUAUUCCAAAGAAGAGGCACUGAGGAUGCUGAAGUUGGCUCUCUUAUGCACCAACCCCUCUCCCUCUCUAAGGCCAGCCAUGUCUAGCGUGGUGAGUAUGCUCGAAUGCAAAAUCGCAGUUCAAGUGUCAACCAUUAAGCAAGAUUCAUUGAGCGAGGAGUUGAGGUUCAAGGCUUUAGAGAAGCUCUCGCGUGGUAGUAAAUUAUACAUGUCAAGUACAUCUCAAGAAAGCCAGAUGCAAAAGAGCACUUCUACUGUGGAUUCUUGGGUGUCUCUGCAAGAGGAAGAGAGUAGAGAACAUUCUGAUGGAUGGAUUCGAACUUCUUCCUGAUAUCAGUGAGCAUUUUAACAAGAUGACAAUAGAGAAUCUUGAGGUUGGCGUCCAGGUAGAUGAUCCUGUAGUUGAGAUAUUCAAUGGGCAAGAGAUGAAUCACCGAGUCUGGGCAGUUAACCUUUAGUCUUGAAUACCUAAUGAGAUUAUGCAGAGCGCAGUUCUUUUUUUGUUAGAUAUGCCAGAUGAGUUAAUUUUUAGAAAAGACGUAGUAUGGUCACGAGGACAUGUAUUUUCUUUUAUUACUUAUAUCCAAAUAAUAUAUGACUAUUCAUCUUAUAUGUACAACAGCAAGUCAAAUGCAACAAAAUGUCUUGUUUAAUAAAUAUUUGCAGAGAA